AUGGCGACUUCCAUUCGUCAACAACUUUCGCAGCUCGCUAGCCUUUCACAUUCAGGGGGAUCUCACAAAGAAGUCACAGAAAAGUACAGAGGGAUACUGGAAACUAUAUUAAAAACAGGUGACAGUGACCUAGUUCCAUGUCUUCAAGCUUUUGUGGAGGCUUUGGUCAACGAAAAUGUGAGUCUUGUGAUAUCACGUCAGUUGCUGUCAGACUUUUGCAGUCAUCUGUCCAAGCUGAGUGACCCUCUUGCCAAGCAAGUGGCCCACUUCACUCUUGAGAAGGUCCACACACGAGUUAUCUCAUUUGAGGAGCAGGUGGCAGCCAUAAGACAACACCUAGCAGACAUUUAUGAAAGGGAAUUAUCCUGGCGAGAUGCAGCGAACGUGUUGGUGGGGAUUCCCUUGGAGACAGGACAGAAGCAAUAUGCCACAGACUACAAACUGGAAACAUACCUAAAGAUAGCUAGACUUUACCUUGAAGAUGAAGACCCUGUACAGGCAGAGGCUUACAUCAACAGAGCAUCUCUGCUCCAGGCAGAUACCCGCAACGAGGAGCUUCAGAUACACUACAAGGCUUGUUAUGCCCGUGUGCUAGACUAUCGCAGAAAGUUUAUUGAAGCAGCUCAGAGAUAUAAUGAGCUAUCAUUCCGUACCCUGAUAGCUGAGGAAGAGAGACUCACCUCACUGAAAAAUGCACUCAUUUGUACCAUCCUUGCAUCUGCAGGACAACAAAGAUCAAGAAUGUUAGCUACAUUAUUUAAAGAUGAACGAUGCCAGCAGUUACCAGCAUACCACAUACUAGAAAAAAUGUAUCUGGACAGAAUUAUCAGAAGCAGUGAUUUACAGGAAUUUGCCUCUUACUUACAAUCUCACCAGAAAGCUGUUACUGCUGAUGGAUCAACAAUUCUAGACCGAGCAGUUAUUGAGCACAACUUACUAUCAGCAAGUAAGCUGUACAACAAUAUCUCUUUUGACGAACUUGGAUCACUCCUAGAAAUACCAUCAACCAAGGCAGAAAAGAUUGCUUCCCAGAUGAUAACAGAGGAGAGAAUGAAUGGCUGUAUAGAUCAGAUUGACUCCAUUGUACAUUUUGAAGACCGUGAAGCAUUACCUACAUGGGAUAAGCAAAUACAGAGUUUGUGUUUCCAAGUCAACCAGAUCAUCGAGAAAAUUGACCAAACUGCACCAGACUGGAUGGUCAAGUUCAUGGAAUCACAAAUGGCACAGUAACUGCAGACUGACCAGAUGACCAGAGUUAAUCUAAAUAAGUGAGGAAUUGUGAGAUGUUGACAUAUGAUUCAACUGAAAUGGAUGCAAGAUGAUGCAUGUUGCAUGUUAUGUGAAGUUUUCAAAAUAUUUUUGACAGUCUAGGUAAACCUAUUAAUUUAUACUGACACAUUGUGGGGAAAUUGUAAGCUCAGUAGUGCUAUUGUAAACUUUUGCCUGAACAUGUGGGUGUCAUCUGAUGAAGAAUGGACAAAGGACAAAUAAUGUUAGAGCCCAUAGGAAAAAAGAAAUUAUACAGAAUGCCUGAAACAGAGUUAUAAGAAUUGUUCCAUAUUGUGUACGUUUAGCUGUAUAUGAGUAUUCAUAUUCUCUGCGUUAAUCAAUAUGGUCUCUGCUUCAGUCAGUCAGGUUAACUCAACGUAGAGUUAUCCCCCUUGUAUUUCAAAGAGGAAAAAAGGACAUUAGAGUUUGUUCAACUCUUUAAUUUACAUUACAUGUAUAAUGCAAUUAAUUAUUGAAAAUAAAAUAUUGCAAAUAAU